GGCAAAACAUUACUAGUAUAAGACUAUUCGAAGUCCCAAAUAACAUGGGAUUGCUCGAGGUGAGGCGGUGAAGCAAUCAAUAAAAACAACAAUCGAUCAGAGUUUCAUUCGUUACGGAGGCUGCAAAUUUACGACUUCGAGUGAUGGCAAAGAGGCUGUUCAGCGGCGAAUUCCAGGGUGACAGAAGGUGGCCGCCUAAUUUAAGGAGAUGCUGUCAAGCUGUUAAUCCUGGAGCAGGUGAAGGCGUGAUUGCUGAUCUAGGCCUAUUGUUGAGGGGGGAGGGUAAUGAAGACGUAUUGUUGGAAAUACUAGCUAGGCUACCAAAUAGUCGAAAUGCGGUUCAAGCAGGGCUGGUUUGUCACCUUUGGCAUUCCAUCAUCUCCCAGCAGCAGUUUAUUCCCAAGUUCAUAGGCCUGCGGGAGCAAAAGAAGAUAGAGCAGCCUUAUUCCAUCAUAUUCCGCAUAGUAGAUGGUUUUAAGUAUUUCGGAGAUGCCUAUUAUCAGUCCAUCUGCAAACUAUUUUCGCAAGAAUCCAUGCUUCUCCACGGGGGAGGAAAAGAGCAGACGGUGACAUCACGUAGAAGUUAUCCUCCUUCAGGCGGCAGUGGCGGCAUCCAGCCGCCUUCACCCACAUGGUCAUAAGAGCAUCUUGUGGUGACUUGCUGCUGUUGUCGCAAGGCACACGCGACUAUAGACCUGAUCGUAGCUUCUACUUUCUUUGUAACCCAGUAACCAAACAGUGGUUCUAUCUCCCCCGUGAUGAUUUCAGAGAUUACUUGAUUGGGCUUGCAGUAGUACGCAUGCCGCUCGCCCAUAACAGCUGUGGCAGUGAUGAAUACAAGGUGGCUUUCAUUCGUCUUCCCUAUGAUUGGCCACAAAAGGAUGUUGGUGGGGGGGGGGGGGGACAGUUGGAAGUUUGGAAUGCCAAUUUAUUGUUUAAAAUCAAGGCAAUGGAGUGAUAAUUGUUGGUAUCGAUAUCCUGUACCUGCUACCACUAGGACCCCUAAGCUUUUCAUUAACCCAAUUACUUGUAAUGGAAUCCUGACUGCAUCAUUGCCUGUGAUUUGGUGAACGAGCCCUACUCUAGUGCCUUUAUCAACCUUCCUGAAGGCUCUAUGCCUGGUGGCGGGGGUGUUGUUUCACUAGAGUUGGGCGCUGUCCUGGGAGAACUGAGAUUAUUCAACGUAUUCCGCCCUUCCUCGGGUGACCAGCAGCAGCCUCAGCAUCUCGUUGUUGUUAAAGUUUGGAAGUUGAAUCACAGAACCAACUCCUGGACUCUCGUUCAUGACACACGCUUCAAUGAUAGGCCGUCGCCGCUUAAUGACAUCCAAGUAGUAGAAGAAAACAAGUUCAACAUCCGUACGGUUGCUUUCCAUCCACACGAUGGGGACGUGGUCUUCUUGGUAUGCGGCUGUGGUGUUUUCCGGUAUCACAUUUCACAGGGUGUGUAUGAGAAAGUCGAUGAGCUCCUUCAUUCCGUGCCUCCAAAUCAGCUUCUUACGUCCUUCACUCUCCUCCACUCUAUCUGGCCUACCACCAUGUUACUCUCUCCUUCCGAAUAGAAUAGUAUUGUUAUCGUUAUAUUUGACUCUAUUACCGUACAUAUACCAUUGUGAAAAAGUGAUGAACAUUAUUGGUCAAGAGUGUAAUCUCGACCAUGAGGCUUGUCAACUCUUGUCCUACAUUUAUCUGUUUAGUACCCUUUGUGCUUGCAUUUCAUUCUUCUCCUCCCGCAGCUCCUUUUUUCUUGUGCUCACUCUUUCGUUUGCUUUAGAUGUAACCAAUGUUGAAAAUAUCUCUAUCGGUUGUACAUUUGACACUUCAUUCUUUAACAGUAUCAUUUGAUAAUAUGCUAUCACA